CAACUGAAAGUGCUUGACGAAUGCGGAUGUGGAGAUCCCCGUUUUCCUCUGCCAUCUGACGAGAAACGCUACUGUAGCGCGAAAAGUGUCACCGACAGAGUGGAUUGCCCGGCUGUCCUGGACAUCUUCAACGAUACUGAAGCAUGCACCGAAUACUAUCGUGUGAACACUGCCUACAUCGAAAUCUACUAUGAGCAGUUGAACUUUGAAACAUUGAGAGAAACUGCUGGCUAUACUGUAAGUACUACUCGCAUUUUCUUGUAUCGUUCACCGGGUCCUAGCGAGAUGCUCUUAAUUGUGUCGUUCUGCUUUGCAAACAGUUGA